AGUAGAACCAAACCUUCCAGCCAAUAACUAUGAACGCAGUCAUCAACAACAAUUGCAAAAUGGCUGAACGGGAAAGGAAAGUCUCUGACAAUAAUUCGUCUUCUACUUGCACAAAUACAAGCGGGGAUACUGCCAGCAAGUAAGACAAUAAUGACAUUAGUACAAAUUAUGAUUUGGACAAAUGACAGACGAUCUGUGUUGUGUUUUUUUAAGAUUCGAUCGCGUGGUUCUUCUUCAUUUCUUCAUCGUGUUUGUAUCGAGCUUUGCACUGGGUUUAUUGUUUCUUCAUUCAUCACUAACAUUCUGGAGAUUACAGGUGGGUAAAGGAAUGCUUAUCUUACAUCAAACACAUGAUCACAGAGAAUUUGAGCCAGCUGUUAUUUCUCGAAAUUUACCUCAAAUCAUUUUUUCCUUUUUUCGAACUGGUUCCGUCCAGAGGGCAAUCGUAGUUUCGAUCAAAACUGUUCUAAUUUAUUUUGUUGCGUAUCAAUUCGUAUUUAGUCAUAGCAAGACUAACAGUUACAUACAGUUACUUCAAAGUUCUUCGAUACGUAAUCUAACCCUUUAAUGAAAUAUUUUGUUCAUGUAAUGAAAUCACACGUGUGGUACCACUUCUUGUUUCGAUAUCGAAUUUCGUCGUGUCGCAUUCUUCGUGAUAUCGUUCUUUGUUUGCUAAUUAUUCAUCCUUCGAUUUAGUUAACACGCAGUUGUCUUAUCGCAGACAGAGCGUAGGAUACACCUGUGUUAUUAAUGGGUUACUUCAAAGGCUUGUAACCCAUUUCUGGCCUAACUUCCUGUUUGAAUAAUAUUUUUAAUAUGUUUUUUUAAUCUCGAAAGUUAAGGAGACUACGGAAAGAGAAUACAAUACUUCCGCCCGUCCUUUAGAAUCUUUAAUUGCGGUGGAUCUUUAUCAGUUAGUUGUUACAAUGAAAGUGUUUCACAAACUCGAAUUUUAAUCGCCAAUUGGACUACGCUUUAUGAAUAAAUUUAUUAUUGAAAAUAACUAACAAACGAAAUAACUUCACAGUUUUAAUUUUUAGAUUCAUCUUUGUUAAUUGCUAGGUUUAUGUGAUGCUUUUCUCCAAUUCAGUUUACAGCACUAGUUACAUUUUUAUAAAUCAAAAGAUAGACACAUUUAAAGAUUGAUACAAAAGGAAAACUUUGACUGAUUUAAGAGUUCUUUUAUCGGACUUCACAUUCCCCAAACAAACCUCUAUUAAGUGGACAUUAAGCGGAUGCAGACACUUUUGUUAAAAACCUCUGUUGACCCUUUAACUCCCAUUAGUGACCAAGACAGAAUUUCUCCUUACAAUAUCAAUACAUUAUCAACCAGAUAAGUGAUGAGAAUAAAGAAUAAUAUCAAUUUGGUGAUAACUACUUGAUCCAAUACUAAAUUCUCUAAACUAACAUUAUAAGAAUUGUAUGGUUGAUGGUAAGGAGAAUUACAAAUUUGAUCUGGGAGUUCAAAGGUUAAGUGGACACCAGACUGAAUUGACAAUGUAAAGAGUCUAUUCAAUAUAAUAAAUCCAAAGAGUCAUUGUACAGUGAAUAAUUUGUCAUCACUGUUUUUCUUUAAAUGUUUUUGCAUUAUUACCAUCAAAUUAUUAGUUGGUCAUGAAAAGUUAUGAACUAGAACUCUAGAUAGCUUCGCUAACAACAUGGACCUUAAUCAUAGUACAGGGUAACUGUUGAAUGUUGAUCGUUAACAUACAUUGUGCAAUUCAUACAAACCCUUUAUUAAGCGGACACCUUCUUUAACUCCCAAGAUCUGAUAGUUAAUUCUCCCCUGUAGCUGCUACACAUAUCCUUGUAAAUUAGUUACGAGAACUUGGUGUUCAAUCAAGGUAAUAAUUAUCUUGUACCUGAUGAGUUUGAAUAUUCUCAUUACCUGUUUGCUGGAUGAUGUAUGGAUACUAUAGAGAGAAGUUACUUGUUUAUCACUUCUGGGGGUUUAGGAGGUAAGCAGACGCUUGAGAAGGUCCAGAGGGUGUCCGUGUAAUAGAAGUUUCAUUAUAUUUUUUUUAAUCAGGUGUAACUGAUUUGUAAGGAAAUGUUUAGCAGCUAGAGGCAACAAUUGAUAAUCAGAUCUUGAGAGUAAAUGGGUUGAGAAGAGGGAUGUUGAUAUUGUUUUGUCUAUGGUGUUUGUUUUGCAGAUUUACGAAGAGAGUGGAUUCUUUGAUAACACUAAUUUAGAUGCCAGCAGUCGUUACAUUCCAAAAGAUGACAUUGUCAAUGUUGUCACCUACAAUGCCAAUUCAAGCUUCUCAUUAGUGAGAUGACAUUCCCAAACAAAAUGGCUGAGACUGAAAAACUGACAUAUGUUCACAUGCAUUCCCAUUACUGUGAGUUCUCCAAGGUAGUGAUCAUCACCAAAUGUUGGAACGGUUACAAAUCCACCAGUGGAUCUGUGCAAAUAGACACAAACUGGGUACAAUUGUCUGAAUUUAUGUAUGAAUUAACAGAGUAAGCAUGUGCAUUAAUCCACAUGCACAACUCUGUGAGGCUUACACGGGUAAGCUCUAAUUUCAAACACUGCAACAGUUGUCAUUUCUCUAAAAUUAAAUACAAAACUUGUGGAUUAAGAAUUUCUCAGCAUUAUGCCAGAAAUAUAAUCUCAAGGUUUAGGAAAAAACUUGAGAACUUCGAAGACAUGAAGUGCCAGCAAAUUUUAGUUUGUAUAUUAUGAUGGUUGUCAGAGCACUUGUCAGAGCCUAAGCAUCUUGAUGCCUAAGUUACAUUAAGAUAUAUUAAUUUAUUAUUUUGUGUAGGCUUAGUGAACCUCAUUAUGGUUGGUGUUUACUUGGGACAGUGUUGAAGUGGUACUCAAACUUGUAAGAGCACCUCCCCUUGUGUGAAAAAAAUUUGAGUUGUGAGGAUAUUCAUGAGUGGAAAGAAUCAGAGCAGUUCCAUUUUGUUCUAACAUGAUAAUCAGUUGAGUGAGGUGCAGAAAUAUUGGGCAAUGGGAAUUUUGACUGCAGAGUAACAAUGUGGUCAUGAGCAACCUUCCUUGUUUCCGAAGGUAACUAAAUCUCAAUAGCUGUGUGUCAAAACUAUCCAGCAACAUGAGAGCCUGUCAUUAGAGGUCAAACAACAUGUUGGCACUGAAAACACUGGAAACAAAGCCAGUGGCCAGUGACAACACCACAAUUUAGACAUCCAUCAGGCCCCAACCAACUGAAAAUGGUUGUAUAUAAUUCUGCUUUGGCUUUGAUGCUUAUGGUCUUGACAAAACUAUAUUGUGCAAGCAAUGGCAUAUAUACUAUGGUAGUUUUUAUAGAUCAUAACCAACAGAGUCACAAGCAGUGUUGAUACUUUGCUUCUGAUUUGUUUGGUUUUUUUUCCACAUUGUAUCACUUUGACUCUGUCGCCAACUAAGACGCUAGUGAAAACCAACCUCAAUGCAAUGAGGCUAAAUAUUAUUUAGCAAGCUCAAGUUCCAGUUUAUAAUGUAAAGUGGCAGUAGAAUCAUGUUCAGUUUAUAAUAUACUACCACAUAAUAUGCACAAAUUUGAAACAGUAUCAUUGUAAUUAUGAGAGCAAAAAAGUUUUUACCCCAAGACACAGGUCACACCAGUAUGAGGCCAAGCUUUUUUUUUUUUUUUUUUUUUUUACGUGGCCAAGUUUGCUGUGCAAAAAAUGCUGCAUUUGGUAUUUAUGUUACUUAUAAUCCAAAAAUGUUUUGUCUCACUUGAACAAUACAAGUGUUACUGCUAUGCACUGAGUUGCUUGUCCAUAGAAUUCACUGGUUGACCAAACUUGACAAGGAUUUGAAACAUGUAUUUGUGAAUAUAAUAAGUAGCUUGUGGUCAUGUACAUGACAGUUAAUUUUGAUAACUAAAGAGAACAGUUAUGAUAACAAGAUAAAUUUAAACGAAUCAGAUUUGUAAUAGACUGCUGCUAGCAGCCAUUAAGCGAUGUAUAGUAAAUUGAUACAACAGUUGUUUAUGUAUAUAAUUGUUUACGCAAGUAAAUUCAAGCAUUAAAAUUUUUGGGGUGAUUUAAUUAUAAUAAAAGCAAC